AUGCCCGCCGACUUAUCCGACUUGCGCCCCCGCCCGCCCGGCGGCCGGCACAGGGAAAAGAAGGAAGGGCUCAUCAAGGGCUCCGCGGGCCUGCUCCUCGGCAUCGGCGUCGCCGCCGUCGUGGCGCACAAGUUUUGGCCCAAGGGCAUCCUCUACGGCGGCAAGGAGGAGUGGGAGGCGACGCAGGUCAAGGAGAAGAUUGUGCGCCGGCAGCGGCCGCGGCCAGGCUCCGAGGGAGAGGACGACGAGCGUGGCCGUGAGAGCGAAUCUCGGCGGCGGUGGGGACGCGGCCGGAGUAGAGACGCUGCUGCCGCGUAUUACGACUAUGGGCACGGGUACGAUGAGCGACGAGGAGGAGGAGGAGGAGGAGGAGGUGAUGACGGGUACCGACCGCGGAGGAUGCGCAGCCGCGGCGGCGAGAGAGUCUACUACUACGACGACGGCGACGGCGAUGGCUUGAUGGAGGCGCAGGCGCAAGCAAGGGGGCUCCGUGACGGACGUCUCGCCCCCGGUCCCGGCCCCGGUCUCGGCCCCGGCCCCGGAGGAGCGGGCGACGACAACGUCCGUCGCGCGCGCAGCACCGCCGGCCGCAUCAUCCAACCCCGGACCCCGAGCGAGGAGCGCUGGCGGCGCGAGGACGAGCCGCUGCGUCGACUGCGCGAGGCCCGUAACGACGAGCGCAUGCGCCGCCGCGCCCAGGGCGGCUACUCACCCGAAGAUCCCCUUCCCCCCCCUCACGGUCGUCCUGCUCCCCCUCCGCCUCAUCCGCCGCCGCCGCCGCCGCCACCUGGAGUUACUAUCCCUCCUCCUCCCCCUCCUGGCGUGGUCGUCCCUCCGCCCCCUGGCGUCACUAUCCCUCCACCACCUCCCGCCGCGCCACCGGCACCCAAGAAUUCUCCAGCGGGAUACGUUCAGGAGAGGUAUUACCGGAGGGACGGGUCCAGGGCGCACCCAGACGAAAAGAUCUACGUGGUGGAGAGGGCACCGUGGUGAAGCGAUGUCGCCGGUGCCCGCUCAAACGACGAUAUGAAUUACGACUAAACCACCAUCAUGAUGACGGAUGAUGAGACAUGCAUUGACGCAUAAAGUGCUUUUAAUACGCACCCGUGCUUGAGCCCCGGACCUAAACUGUACAAGAUAUGCAGCAUCAUUUAUAGCUCUUCAUGUGUUCAUGCUCUAAAAUCACACCUGCCCC